AUGACUGACUGUGAAUUUGGAUAUGUUCACACACUGGCUCAGGACUACCUGCAGUACGUCCUACAAGUACCACAACCUGAAUUGGGUCCAAGCAAAACAUCCCGAGUGCUACAAAACGUGGCCUUCUCAGUCCAAAAAGAAGUUGAAAAGAAUCUGAAACCAUGCUUGGACCAUUUUGAUGUUGUGUCCAUAGAUACUGCUAGAACAAUAUUCAAUCAAGUGAUGGAAAAGGAAUUUGAAGAUGGCAUAAUUAACUGGGGAAGGAUUGUGACCAUAUUUGCAUUCGGAGGUAUUCUCAUCAAGAAGCUUCUACCAAAGCAAAUUGCCCUGGAUGUGGACACCUACGAGGAAAUUUCUUAUUUUGUUGCUGAGUUCAUAAUGAAUAACAUGGGAGAAUGGAUAAGGCAAAACGGAGGCUGGGAAAAUGGCUUUGUAAAGAAGUUUGAACCUAAAUCUCACUGGCUGACUCUUCUAGAAGUUACAGGAAAGGUCUGUGAAAUGUUAUCUCUACUGAAGCAAUACUGUUGA